GACAAACGCACAUUAACGCACUAACACACGAAGCUCUUUCAGUCCCGCGGUGAUUUUUAAACCCUCGGAGAAACACGGCAUCACUCCAUUGUUGACCUUCAUGGUGGAUGAGCACAAUGUUCCUUCCCCUGAGCUUCAGAAAAUGAACGCCUCUCUGUGUGACCCUGCAGCCGUUAUGUAUCGACUGGUGGCAGACCACCAACUUGAUACCAGCUGCAACUGCUCCUCUGCCCUUUCAAACUGGACAGCGAGGGGCGUGGCCCCUCAGCUGCCCACAUUCAGUACAGCGGCGAAAGCGAGAGUGAUCAUCACCUUCAUCCUCUGUGGCAUAUCUGCCUUUUGUAACCUGGCAGUGCUGUGGGCGGCUCGCAUAGAUGGGAAACGAAAAUCCCACGUGAGGGUGCUGAUUGUCAACCUGACGAUGGCGGAUCUGCUCGUGACCUUCAUCGUGAUGCCCGUAGAUGCGGUGUGGAACAUCACAGUUCAGUGGCUUGCCGGAGACUUUGCCUGCAGGCUGCUGAUGUUUCUUAAGUUGCAGGCGAUGUACUCCUGCGCCUUUGUCACAGUUGUAAUCAGUCUGGAUAGGCAGUCAGCCAUCCUCAACCCUCUGGCCAUCAAUAAGGCCAGAAAGAGGAACAGAAUCAUGCUCACGGUGGCUUGGGUUAUGAGCGUUGUGCUGUCUGUCCCUCAGAUGUUCCUUUUUCACAAUGUGACCAUCAUCCAUCCCGAGGACUUUACUCAGUGCACAACACGGGGGAGCUUUGUCACCCACUGGCAUGAAACAGCCUACAACAUGUUCACGUUUUGCUGCCUGUUCCUGCUGCCGCUGGUCAUCAUGAUUACCUGUUACACCAGGAUCUUCUGUGAGAUCUCCAGACGACUGAAAAAAGACAACUUACCUUCCAGUGAAAUGCACCUGCGGUGUUCAAAGAAUAACAUCCCGAGAGCCCGGAUGAGAACUCUGAAAAUGAGUAUUGUGAUUGUUCUGUCUUUCAUCAUCUGCUGGACUCCAUACUACCUGCUGGGCCUGUGGUACUGGUUCUUCCCUGAUGACCUGGAGGGGAAGGUUUCCCACUCCUUAACUCACAUCCUGUUCAUCUUUGGGCUUGUCAACGCCUGCCUGGACCCACUCAUCUACGGCCUAUUCACCAUCCACUUCAGAAAGGGGCUCCGAAGGUUUUAUACCGGCACCACCACAUCGGCUGAUCUGGAAAACAACACGGUUAUAACUGGGUCUUUUAGUUGUGCUGCCAACUCUUUGUCACUGAAACGGGAGGUGAGCCCUGCCAGCCCUGAGAGGCUUCUGCUGUGCAAAGCAGAGUGGACCCCACCGAGGAGCAGCUUUCUAACAGCUGACAACGACACAGACAGAAAAACUCACCAGUCCAGUGCUGAGAGCAUGUUAUGAGAAGAAUAUAGUAUUGGUUUUACUGUUUUAUUUCCUCAUAUUUAUUCAGUGUAAUGCUCUCAUAUGUAGGGUACUCUCAUUCUCUUACACUCUUAAUUAGAUACACCCGUUUAACUGCUCAAAAACACAAAUAUUUAAUCAGCCAAUCACAUUGCAGCAUUUAUGGACGUAGACAUGAUCAAGACGAACAGCUAAAGUUUUUCAACUGACCAUCACAAUGAAGAUGACAGGUGACUUUGAACUUUGAAUUUGAACAUGGCACGGUUGCUGGUGCUAGUUAGAGUGUUUAAGAAACAGUUGGCUUUGAAUCUCAUCAUAGAUGUGUAGCUGACAAAUGUGCAGCAACUGUGUGAUGGUAUGGACCAAAAUCUCUGAGGAAUGUUUCCAGCACCUUCUCGUAUCUGUGGCAACUUUGAAAGGAAGUGAGGGUACAAUCCAGUACUAGUCAGGUACCAAUCGGAAUACAUAAAGUGGCCAAUGAGAGUAUGUAUAAAAUACAAAGGCCAAAAAUGGCCGAAUGCUGGAAUAUUGAUAAUUUUGUAUGAUAUUGGGAAAAUCUUCAGAAAAUAAACAGUGAUCAUAUUACAGGAUUAAAAUCAAUGCUUUGUAAGAUCUCAAUGAAUAAAAUCCAGCUGU